UAUCACGACUGAUUAUCUCAGGCUAAAAAACCAAUUGAUACCAAUUUGUAAUACAGUCGUGACAACACUGUUUCAACAUUCUUGUGUUCUUAACUUUUGUCUAAGUAGAUACUAGUGCAUUUAUACUGCGAAAAUAAUGUUAGGCGUGUUAAUUUUGGUCUCUGUUUGGGUACUAUCACACAGUUCAUCUGUUGUGUUUGAAGACUGUGGCUCAGCUUAUGACUUAAGGGCCGUGGAAAUUCAUGGGUGCGGCACACGACUACCUUGUUUAAUCACACUUGGCGAAAGAGUUCCAGUGAACAUCAGAUUUCAUGCUGGAUUUGAAUCAAGAAAUCUCAAUCAUGAAGUCGUCAUAAACAUAAACUAUGUAAAUUUGAGGACACAAGUCACUCCAGAAACGUGCGUGCAAUGCCCCGUUACCACAAACAAUGAUAACUCUAUGACCAGUUUGAUGAUAGUGCCCACCAGCAUGGCUUUGAAUCAGCGAGGUCAUCUGCAGUGGCGUGUGUUCAACGAGCACAGCCAGCAGGUACUCUGCUACUCGGUGCUGGUGCAGACGCAGAAUCAACUACAGAAACUACUGCGGCAGUCACUCAGCAACGAUACUUCUAACACGUAAUAUAUUCGGACAAACCGUCCGUGUCAAGAAAACUUAUUUAUUCCUUUGUUAAUCUAUGCUCAAAGGUUUCUAACUUUGCCAUUUUAGAUGUAUGACACAUAUCAAUGAGUAAGAAAUUAUGCGAUAAUUUUGUUCUCUCUGUGAAAACAUAUAGCUAUGAUUUUCUUUUUGUACAUACUUUACAACAAUACCGACUAAUUUUAAUGUUUAUUGACAUUUUGACAGUUGUAAGAGAGGCAGGUAAGGUAAUUGUACUUCAAAAUCGACAAACAAGCUAUCAAAAAUAAAACACAUUAUCGUUAUAAGUCACAGAUUUAAAAACAUAAGAUACUUUUAUAAGUUUAAUAUGUAAAUGUACCCUGAUCCAAACAUAUAUUGUACUUAUUUUUGUACUGUGUAACUAAAUAAACAUCUUAGUGGAAUGGC